AUCAUUGAUGAAGAGGACACACAGUUCAUGACCAACUGUGCCCCUGCAGUGACAGAGAGUACACCUCGUAGACGUACAAGAAUACAGGUCUUCUGGACGGCACCACCUCCUGGCUCUGGCUGUGUCAUACUGAAGGCCAGUAUUGUCCAGAAGAAAGUCAUAUUUUUCCAGGAUGAAGGCUCUCUCACUAUUCGACUGUGUGAAAAAGAGCGUGUUUUUGGUGAAGCCACAGAGGCUCCAGCCGUCGAAUGCUGCGCUUGUGGCACAGCCAAAUACAGGCUCACCUUCUAUGGCAACUGGUCAGAGCAACAACAUCCAAAAGACUACCCAAGACGAGCCAACCACUGGUCAGCUCUGAUAGGUGCAUCUCACUCCAGAAGCUACACGCUUUGGGAAUAUGGAGGGUAUGCAAGCGAGGGUGUCCGUCAGGUAGCUGAGUUUGGUUCCCCCAUCAAGAUGGAAGAAGAGAUUCGACAGAGGGCAAAUGAUGUACUGACUGUCAUUAAAACGAAGGCUCAGUGGCCAGCAUGGCAACCCCUCAACCUGAGAGCAGCUCCAUCAGCAGAGUUUUCGGUGGACAAGACCCGUCAUCUGAUGUCGUUCCUCACCAUGCUCGGGCCAAGCCCAGACUGGAAUGUGGGGCUGUCAGGAGAGGACCUCUGUACCAAAGAGUGUGGCUGGGUCCAGAGGCUUGUGACAGACCUCAUUCCCUGGGAUGCAGGCACUGAUAGCGGUGUCACAUAUGAGUCACCAAACAGGCCAACCAUUCCUCAGGAGAAGAUCCGCCCCUUAACCAGUUUGGACCACCUUCAGAGCCCGUUCUACGACCCUGAGGGAGGGGCUAUUGCCUCUAUAGCAAGGGUGGUGUUGGAACGCAUUGCUAGAAAGGGAGAGCAGUGUAAUAUGGUACCAGACACAGUCGAUGACAUAGUUGCUGAUACUGGACAGGAGGAGAAUGAAGAAGAUGACACACCAGAGACAUGUAUCUACUCACCUUGGUCCCCCUGGUCGGCAUGCAGCAGUGCUACGUGUGAAAAAGGACGUAGGAUGAGGCAGAGGAUGCUGAAGGCCCAGCUUGACCGCAGCGUUCCAUGUCCACAUACUCAAGACUUUCAGCCCUGCAUGGGACCAGGAUGCAGUAUGGAGGAGCAAUCGACGUGUAUGAUGUCGGAGUGGAUCAGCUGGUCAGCCUGCAGUGUGUCCUGUGGUAUGGGGAUGAGGUCUAGGGAGCGGUACGUCAAACAGUAUCCUGAGGAUGGUUCGCUUUGCCAGCUCAACUCUGAGGAGACAGAGAAGUGUGUGGUCAAUGAUGAAUGCUCACCCAGUAGCUGUGUGGUGACUGAGUGGGGCGAGUGGGACCCCUGCAGUGUCACCUGUGGGCUAGGUAUGAAGAGACGUGAGCGCAUGGUGAAGAUGCCACCUAUAGAUGGAUCCAUGUGUAAGACAGAGGUAGCUGAAGUGGAGAAGUGCAUGAUGCCAGAAUGCUAUACCAUCCCUUGCAUGCUGUCACCCUGGUCUGACUGGAGUGUGUGUAGUGUUACUUGUGGGCGGGGCAUACGAACACGUCAGAGGAUGUUGAAGUCUGAUCCUGCAGGAUGCACAGAGGAGCUGGAGCAGACAGAGAAAUGCAUGCUGCCCGAAUGCCCGAUUGACUGCAUGGUGUCAGAGUGGUCAGAGUGGUCAGAGUGCAACAAGUCCUGUGGAAAAGGACACACGAUUCGAACCCGUAUGGUCAAACUGGAGCCCCAGCUUGGGGGGAGUGGUUGUCCGGAGACAAUCCAGAGGAAGAAAUGCAAGAUCAGAAAGUGCCGAACAAAAACGAGGGAGGAGAAAGGAGGUGGAGCUGGAGGAGGAAAUAGAAGGAGGCGUGGAAAACAGGGAAGAGAUGCAGCUGUCGAGGAGCAGCUAGGUUGUAGGCUACAGCCGUGGACCAGCUGGACGGACUGCACCAAACCAUGUGGAGGGGGAAUCCAAGAACGUUUCAUGAUGGUGAAGAAAAGAGGUAAAGGUACCGUGAUGGCAAGCUGUAAGGACCGAAAGGAGAUCCGCGCGUGUAACGUUCAUCCCUGCUAGCAACAGGACUUUGAGAGGAGGAGAGGCAACAGCUGGAUAAGUCCAUGAGGUUCAAAUAUGUUUGUUUUUUGUUUUUUAAAUGACCUCUAUGUGCAGGGAGGUGAGAUGUGCGGAAGGAAUAUGGGUUUGUUUGGAACUUUGGAAAAUCAAUCUGUGUUUAGGUAACUAAAAAGGAAGAGAGAAAGAUUUAUAUUGUACUGUUUAGUGAACCAAGGUUUUUGUUAGAUUUUGCUGUAGAUAAUAAUGGUCGAAUUUAAGUGGAAGUUCAGUGUUCUGCAAUAAAUAAAUAAAAAGUUUUGAGGAAUGUUCCGUUAAGUAAUCUAACUACAGAUGGUUUGUUAUCAAGCUUGGUUGCUUUUCUUUUGUUUUUCUGAGGUUUUGUCCUUGGGGUUUGAAAUACGGUGUCGGCUUGAGAUCUCCUCUUGAGAAUUCUCACAAAAAUCUUCAAUUAUUUUCCCAGAAAAAUAGCCAUACAGGAGCCUGAGAUAUUCGCAUGUGACUACUUCUUACUGUACUGACUCAAAGAUGCCUUCGAUACAUUAUUUUUACCCUUUAAAUACCAUUAAUGCAUUAAAUAUCCUCAUCAAGUAUUCUUCUAAUCUUAUUCAGAAUUGUUUGGCAGCCUGCAGGGCUUUGGAAAAUAUUUUGAAGCCAGCUCAACAAUCUUUGUUCAGACAAGCAGGGUGAAAACUUAGAGUUCAAGUUUGGUUUAUUAAAUGAUAUAAAUCAUAUUGUAGGUCUGUUAAAUGCUGUGAGAUGCAGAGAGAGUUCUUUUUGCAAGACAAAACCCAGAGAGUCUUUAAAGAUGUAUUGAUAAAAUGUCUAUUUAGUAUCUAACCAACACUUAAUUACAACUACAAAUAGUACUAAAAACCACUUAAGAUAGAAGAGAUCAAUUUUAAGGGACAUUUUUUAUACUGUUAAGAUUAGUCUUUAUGUACCUUACUGCUUUGUGUCAUGUCUUUACAUAUCUGCUGUGCAGCACUGCUGCAACGGAAGCUCCAUGGAAACCUUUGCGGAUUAAAAAACAGUACUGUUGCCUGUUACUGGGACCUUUGUACCAAUAUAGCUUUUCUUAUAAUUGUUGUUGUUGUUUUUCUUUGUACUGUCAUUAAGAGAGAUUUGUAGUAUACCUUGUUUGUUAGAAUUAGCAGUGUGUUUCUACCCUCUUUCUUUCUACUGUUUCAUCACCAAAGUUAUAUUUCCUUGACUUUAUAGCCUUUGCUCUUUGUCAUUUUGGACAUCUGUUUUUUUUUCAUUGCCUCUGUUUCACUGACUAGUUUCUUAGAUCACUUACUGGAAUCACUUUUCCAAUAAAAAAUAAUAUAAGUGUAAAAA